UCCGCCGGCCCACCACUCACUCUCCCCUCGUCUCCUCCAGAGCAGGGAGGAAAGGCGCCGGCGAACGGAACCGCCUCGAAAGCGAGAGCUGCUCGGCGGCGGCGGCGCUACCCCCGGGAAUUGCGGAUAGUCCCCCACCCCGCGGUGGUGCGAACAUCUCUCUCGCAACCGGGGUCCCUCCCAUCGCCUCGCCGGAGAUGCUGCCCUACGCGACGGCGGCGGUGGCGGAGGCGGCACUGGGGCGGGCCAUGACGCCCGCCGAGGCGCUGUGGUUCCGGUACACCGCGGGGGUGCCGGAUUACCACCUCUACUGCCUCAACAUCCUCUUCCUCUUCGUCGUCUUCACGCUGGCCCCGCUCCCCGUCGCGCUCCUCGAGCUCCGGGCCCCCGCCGCCGUCUCACCGUACAAGCUGCAGCCCCGGGUGCGGCUCUCCAGGGCCGAGUUCGUCCGCUGCUACAAGAACGUCCUCCGCAUCUUCUUUCUCGUCAUCGGCCCGCUCCAGCUCGUCUCCUACCCGGCCGUCAAGAUGGUGGGAAUUCACACACAGCUGCCAUUGCCGUCCCUGGGGGAGAUGGCGGCGCAGCUGCUGGUGUACUUCCUUGUUGAGGACUACCUCAACUACUGGAUCCAUCGGCUCCUCCACGGGGAAUGGGGGUACCAGAAGAUCCACCGCGUCCACCAUGAGUUCACGGCACCGAUCGGCUUCGCAGCUCCAUACGCACACUGGGCUGAGGUUCUGAUACUUGGCAUCCCCUCCUUUGUCGGGCCAGCCAUCGCUCCGGGCCACAUGAUCACAUUCUGGCUCUGGAUUAUACUCCGCCAGGUGGAGGCUAUCGAGACACACAGCGGCUUUGAUUUCCCAUUCACCCCAACAAAGUAUAUUCCAUUCUAUGGAGGAGCAGAAUACCAUGACUAUCAUCAUUAUGUAGGAGGCCAAAGCCAAAGCAAUUUUGCUUCUGUUUUCACAUACUGUGAUUAUCUGUAUGGGACUGAUAGAGGUUACAGAUUCCACAAGGCAUACCUAGCUAAGCUGAAGGAUCUUGGGCAAAACGAUGGUGAGAAAGGAGAUGGCAAUGGACAAAGCUAUGCGAAAUUGGACUAGAUGGCUCAAUACAGUGCAUCCCCAGGGCCUCCGUGAUCAAUCGGAGUUCACUAUGACAUCAUGAAAUGGAAGAUCUGGCGAGUUGGGCUGGGCAUGUGUGGUGUUCUGAUUUCUGAAACAGGCAUGCAGCUUUCGGCUGCGUUGCCCUGUGUUUCCCAGUGUUUGUUAUGGUACUUGUACGCAAACCAAUAACAAUGCAACACUCGGAUAGUCUGUCAUUGGCUCAUGCUUUGAUUAUUUUGUAUCAAUUGCUGUAUAGUUUUUCAGAAACCUUGCCUUGGUGUCCCAGUGUUUCAAGUUUUAACUAGGUACUCGGUCUAGUUUGAACAGCUAA